CCACAACAUAGUGGCAUUCAUAGAUAGCUGUUGAUGCACGGUAACAUACUGCAUCAAACAGGAAAAAACUGCUGGACUGAAACAUCCUGAACAUUCUAAAGAAAGUGUUAAUACAUGCAUGGAUUUAAACAAAUAUAUUUUGUGAAACCGUCUCUAAAACUUUUUUGUAUAUAGUUAUUUUAGACAUAUUUCAUGGAAAAUACCGUCUAAAUAUUUAAUAUGUCCAGGUUUUAUUGGCAAAAAGCUAAUUGAAUAAUAUUUCUUGUGUGGCUUGUGUUAGCAAUGGCUGGUCGUGCUAUACGGUACCACUUAUGCCGGGGUCGACGGAUGAUUCUUGGGAUGGUAUUCAUAGUAAUGGCAGCAUUGGUUGUCAUGGAAACCACAAAUCCUUUCGCAGAAACAGAACAAGAAUUGAUUCCCCCACAGCAAGCUCAGCGUACACCAGUGUUACACCCUAAAACUGAUAUAGUGGAAGAUAUCACCAAACCGAUACAAGAUCCUACAGCUUAUAUAGCUGACCAGAUCCACAAAGCUGUAGACGACUUUAAGAAAAUGGGAAGUGAUGCGAAGUCAACAGUAUCCCUUAAAACUGUGACAAGGGUCAUAACUCCCACAAAGAAACAAACAGAAGAGCCCAGCCUUACCACAAAUCAAGGCACAUCGGAUAACCCAAAUAUCAUUAACAGCACUGGACAAUUCAGUUCAGUAACCAUAACUCCGAUUCCAAAGGAAAUUACCAAAGAAUGUCAACCAAAUCAGGAUUUCUCACAAACAAAAACUUCUUUCAAAAUCUAUGUGUACAAUUUACCGGCAAAGUUUAACACAGAAGUUCAACAAGUGAUUUCCAAGAAAUAUGGGUAUUGCUAUGAUUUAGAUUACUGUGGCACAGGUUCAGAGUUGUUUUAUUUGGAGGCAAAUAUGGGAACAACAAACAAGUAUGUCGCUUCUAAAGACUAUACUCAGGUCGUGAGAAAUUCCCAACAGUUUGCCCUUGAGGUUUUAAUACACUUUAAAUUGUUACACAGUCCCAUCAGAACAAUGAAUCCAAUUGAAGCGGACAUUUUUUACAUACCAGCUUACACUGGUUUGAACUGCCUGACUUUUCGAGAUAAUGAUAAUGAGUUUGUGAAUUCUCUUUUUGAACAUCUGAAAACAAAUGUGUCUGGCAAUUAUUUUAGCACAAAACCACAUGUUAUGGCGGUAUCAAAGAUAGAACGCGAGCAGGGCAGUGAAAAAUGUUCGUUGUUACGACAUCCUAACACUAAAGGUAUCACAUUUAUAGGAAUUGAAAGGGAGGAAAAUCAAUAUUGGAGUGCACAUUACUUGAAGUUUGGCAGAGUUAAUGUUCUUGCACCAUAUCCUUCCUACAUCCAUUACAUACCUAACCCUGCAAGUGGAUUAUUCCAAGAACUGGUAAACGGGAUAGAACAAUUAAAUGAAACAAAAUUUUACCUAGACGCCCCAAGCUUACACAAACGACCUGUGUUACUGUUUUUAGCAGCUGGAACCAGAAGAAGCAAUGGAUUCCGAGCAAUUUUUCUUGACCAAUUUGCUCUCAAAACCUCAAAAAGUUAUGAAGACUUUGCAAAAGAGCAUGCAAACGACACAACACAAUUCCCACCGCAGGUUAUGUUGAAGACUCAAGAGUGUGUGGAAGGCCACACAAAGACCACAAUCCCCUGGAUGAGACACAGCCAAUUCUGCCUACAGCCCCCAGGAGACUCUCCAACAAGGAAAUCUUUCUUUGACGCCAUACUCAGCGGAUGUAUUCCCAUACUUUUCACUGGAUUUGGAAAAACUGUGUACCCUUUCGAGAAGUAUCUGGAUUACAGUGACUUCACUUAUACAGUCCACGAAAGUCUGUUUACCAAGCAGAAUAAAACUAUCAUCGAAGUCGUAAAGAAUAUACCCAAAAAGACUACACAGUUGCUACAUAGGAAUGUCAUGAAAGUUGCAAAAUGGUUUCAGUACAGUUUACCGAAUGGUAGUCAGAAAAUUGAUGAUGAUGCGUUUACUUUAAUAUUUGAUGAAAUAGCUUCCAACCUUCACCUUCCGUCCAUAAGAAAGCCACGGAAUUGAUAUUAAUGUUAUGAAAAUGUACUCCAAAUAAACUGCUCACAUUGUGAAUGUAUUAAGUGCUAAUAAAAGGAAAAUAUUU